AUGAAUGAAGUGAAGCCAGAGUUGGCCACAACAAUGGCGACCACUUCUACAUGGGAUGCAUUGCAUCAAUCUGCUCCCCUUGCCCAUCCUGUCCAUGCUGCACCGAUGCCUCAUCCUCAUCCGAUGCAUACUAUGCCUCAUGAUGCGCCGCAACCCGCCAUGGGUCUGCCUCUGCCGCCAAGCAUGGCUGUACACAUGCCAAUGAAAAUGCCGGAGAGUCCAGCGGUUGUGCCAAUGUCAGCAAAUACGCCCAUGCAACUUCCUAUGGAACUAGUUCAGCAAGGUUGGGACAGAUGUUGGAGCAAAAGAGAAAAUAGGCCGUACUUUUUUAAUAGAAAUACUAAUGAAUCGAUGUGGGAGAUGCCUAUGCCCAAACAGCAUCAAUUCGAUCCUAUCACUGAUCCUCUGGGAAUCUGUGGGCCUCCCACAAAUGGCCCCAACCAUAAUAUGGGUCUGAAAAGAAGGUCAUCGGAAGAGGGAGUUGGUGCGCCACCUACCAAAAAGAUAAUGAUUUUACCUGGUCCUUGGGACCUUGAGGUUCCUACAAAUGUUGUUAUUUACGAAAGACAAUUAUCAACAUUAUUUCAUUCUCAUCCUGAGAUUGAAGCAUAUCGCUGCAGUUUUUUAAUGAAGUUGAGGCAAUGUUACCAGGAACUUUGUCACUCUCGAGAAUCAAUCGAUGCACCCAAAGAUUCAUUCAACCGUUGGAUUAUGGAGCGGAAAGUUUUGGACACAGGAAGCGACCCCCUGUUGCCUUCCCACUGUUUUCCAGAGAUCUCAAUGUGUAUGUACAAGGAAAUAAUGAAUGACAUUCCCCUCAAGUUAGUAAGGCCGAAGUUUACUGGUGAUGCUCGUAAACAAUUAUCAAGAUAUGCCGAAGCAGCCAAGAAAAUGAUAGAUCGAAAUCCAUCAGCUGAAAGUAGAAAAAUUGUUAAAUGGCAAGCUGAAGACACUUUUCAGUGGUUAAGGAGAACAGUGGGUGCUACGUAUGAAGAUUUUCAGGAAAGGUUGAAUCACCUUAAAAGACAAUGCCAGCCCCAUCUUGCUGAAGCAGUAAAAGGAUCUGUUGAAGGGAUUUGUCAGAAAAUUUAUAAUUUAUCUGCUGAAUAUGCUAAGAAAGUGAAGGAAAAACACAGAGACUUGUUAAGGGAACAAGGCAUUCAAGUUGUUGCACCUGUACAAAUGCCCAAUUUGAGGAAGGUGCUUUGUUAUGCUGUGCAAUUUUCAGUAAACUGUCCAAGGCUUCCCCAUAUUGAUUAUCUGCCCGAAAGAGAGCAAACUAUGUUGCGCUUUCAAGGUGAUACUGUCACUAUCAACCACACACAUUUGCAAAAACUGGAGCAGUUGUAUAGAUAUAAUUGCUUUGAUGACAAGAAAUUUGAAAUGUUUUUGCCCCGAGUUUGGAGUCUCCUGAAGAGAUACAAUACAUUCCUUGGCUACACUGCUCCCUCCUCAAGUAGUUCCUCAAACUCGUCAAGCUCCAGUAAUGGAGCCUAUGAAGGCCAAGCUACCCAAGGAGCUCUUCCCAUCACUGUUAUGGAAUCCCUACACCGCACGUUUCAUGUGACAUUCGAAUGUUUUGCGUCUCCUCUCAACUGCUAUUUCCGUCAGUACUGUUCAGCAUUUGCUGACACUGAUACUUACUUUGGGUCAAGAGGACCUUUCCUAGAUUUCAAACCUGUUAGUGGAUCAUUUGCUGCCAACCCUCCCUUCAGUGAAGAAUUGAUGGAGGCUAUGGUGAACCACAUGGAGAGAGUGCUGUCAGAUUCUGCAGAACCGUUGUCAUUCGUUGUUUUCAUUCCGGAUUGGCGAGAUCCUGCCCCCAAUGCUCUUUUAAAGCUGGAGGCCAGCCAUUUUAAGAGAAAACAGGUGGUUGUGCCAGGUUCUGAGCAUGAGUACCGCCAUGGUUAUCAACACUUAGUUCCAAAGAGUGAGCUGAACAUCAAAUGUCCUCAUGGUACUAUGGUGGUGUGGCUUCAAAACGCUGCUGGCUUCCAGCAAUGGGGCCCCUCCGAAGAAAGAGUAGAAGCACUCCUUGAAGCUUUUAGGCCUGGGAGAGAGCGUGAAAGAGACAGACAAGAGUUGCUCUCUCCUCACAGAGCAGCAUCCGAAAAUGCACCUGCUCAGUUAGCUCCUGCUGCACUAAACCCUCACACUCCUCCUGAAAAAGCACCAAUAGAAUCACCAGUCUGACAAAGGAGUCAAGACUCCCCUGCGGAGGGGAGUCACUUUUCCAAUCAGCAGUCAGACAACCCGAAGCGCGAAACAACAGAGACCCCAGACUCUUUGGCAAAUGAAUGCCCCGAAUCGGACGAGGUUGAUGUCAACAAGUCAACUGCUAUGUGCUCUAACACUGUAUCUGAAAAGCAAGAGGACCAAAACAUUGAAGUGUGAAAAACAAAAUUCUUGUUUUUAAAUAGAUUAUUUUUAAACAGUCUGUUACUGUUAUUGCUUGAGCAAGGGAAUGAAAAAUUAUAUUGUUAAUCUUUGUUCAUUGCUUUCUGAAAUCUAUUUCUAUAGUACCCAGCAUACUUGAAGUGUCAGAUUGACCUGAUCCAUGAUGUUGCACUAUGAAAUAUUUGCAAGGUAAUCUUAGUUGUAUGAUGAAUGUCAAUAAUGUAGGUUGAGAGUGUGUUACCUUCAGAAAUAUUUCAAGUGUAUUUUCAAGGGAAUGUGAAUCUUAAUUACUUUAAUUGAAGACAACCUUAAUGUAGAGCUUUUAGUUUAUAUCCAAGGAUGUAUGAAUCUUUCCUCUUCUAUUUCCCUAAACAGAUUUUAAAAUUAGAACGGUUACUUGAUUUUGGAGCUUGUUACCAGUCCCUAGACCUAUACAAGUUUUGUUUUUAACUUUUGGACUAUUUUUACGUUCUCUAUGUAAUCAGUCAUUUCCCUGUACUUGUUAUAUGUUGGUUGUAUCCUCAUAACAUUGCAGUAGUUUGAAGUAUAUUCUUAAGUGAUAUUGUUUGAUAUAUUUCUAUUGGUAUGUUAUAAAUGGUGUAAAUCACUUGAAUGUUACAGGGACUCAAGUUAUGUGGUAUACAUAGUUGUGUAUAUGCAGCUUACAACAGUGUAUCAAUUUUUGUUUUUUAAAUGGGUGUGCUGUGAUUUGGCAAAAGCCGUGUACAGUAUUUUAUAAUGUUGAGCCACACAUAAAUGUUUUAGCUUUAGGCCAACUGAGCACUGUAGUGCUGUACUCAAAUUGAGUAGGUAGCACAGUAGGCUUAUUACCAGAACUCUAAAUUAGGAUGUAACUUUGGCUCUGAAUUUAUUUGCUAUUUAUUGUAACUUUAGAAACUUUUUGGUGCUUGUCUCCAUCAAUCAACUAAGGCAUCUCUCAUAUUUAAUUUUUGGUUGAUGUAAUCAUGAAAUUGUGCAGGUCUCUUUCUCGCACUUUCAUUGUCUCUUGUCUUCUCAUUCAGUGACAAAAUUCUGUAUAUACUGUAUAUUUAGAGUUUUAUUGAGACAGAAUUUUAUCAUCUCUGCAGAGAAAUUUAUGAAGUAUUUAUUUGAGCCAUUGUCUUACAGUGAUUUUUAAUUUUGGGAGCUGGUGAUGGCUGGUUUUGUUGUACUGUGAAAACCAGAAAAAAAAAAAGUCCAGAAGACAUUUAACUUAAAAUAUUUUAUUUUCAAAAUCCCUAUUACAUGCUUUUCUGGUCAUGAAUUAAAAUGUAGUUUGUAAUUAAUGAUUUAAAAUUACUACUGUGUUUACUUGAAUUCAAUAGGCACAUUUUGAGUUUUCUGUUCUGUGAUAUCUCAUAUUUUGCAUUUCAGUCAAGAGUUUAGGUUGCAUUCUGUACUUCUUUGUUAUUUUGACAAAAUACUUAACCAUUGUGAUGUGUCAUGGAAUUUAAGUAAAUGCAGUACACCACUAAGACUGGAUUACAUUUUAAACAUGAUUAACUUUUUCAUUUGAGUUUUAUGUGCCAUAUUUGAAAAUGUCCUGAUGCAGUUUCUCUUGAACUGCACCGCUCUCCAGGCUCUAAAAUUCUUUUGGUGACAAUUUACUCUUUAUUUUGAUUGUCCUGUCUUUUAGUUUUCAUGUUUUCCCCUUUCUUCAUCCUGCUCUCUCUUUUCAUGAAGUCCUUUUUAUUCUUCUUUGUGGCAUUAAGCAAGUUAGAUUUGUAAAUAGACUUGUGGAGACAAAAAAAAAAGUGUUUUAAAAUAGCCCUUUUGCUAGCUUUGAACACCAAUAAUGCUGGUUGCAAUGAUAAGAUAGAUUUUGUUCACUUCCUGAGGGAUUUAACAUCACACAAUUCUGGCCAACUCUAGAAAUUCCCAUAGUUUCCUAAUCUCAAACAUUGUGGCUGAUGUCAACUAAGUGAUCACAGUGUAGCUCAGGGCUCAAGCAUUGACAUUGGUUAUCAAUUUUUAAAUUGAUCCUAUAAGCAUUGAAGUACUGAAUAUGUUUUUAUAACUUCCUGUUUGUUUUGAGUCGAGGUGGCUUUGCUGAUGCACCACACCUUUCAUUUAUUUAUUUCUGGAUCAAUAUCAUGUGUCUCUCAAUCUGCUUUCUCUUUUCUCUUCAUCUAAGGAAGCUGAAUUUCAGACUUUCUGUUCAUUGGCACUUGCAUUAUUGUCUUUCCCACUCUUUCAUUGGGUCAUAAUUGCUCCAUGUUUGUUGUACCUGAAUUAUAAAUGCAUUGAACAUCAACUUGUUUUUGUUUCAAAACAAAACUGCAUUUACUGAGUAAUUCUUUUGAAUGUUUUAUUUACUAAUGUCAUAGCCUGUAAAUAUUGAUACCUUACACAUGUACAAAGAUGUUCAAAAACUAAAAUUAUCAAAAGUAAAUUUUGAAAAUGGUU